CGUUCUUGCCAAAACCCUAGUACCUGAUCCCUAACCCAGAAUUAUGUGUCUUUGAGGCAGAAAUCCUGCAAGAGGAGGAAAGAUUGGCAAAUCUGAUCUGGUAGGGCGCCUUUCCCUAAAUUUUCAGUUUUGAGUCACUCCAACUCCCACUUUUUUCUCUCCUCCUAUUCCCUUAGUUCCUGGACCUUCACUCAGAGCUUUCUGAUGCCUCGGACUUGUCCCUGCUUUCACCCCUCUUGUUCAGGGGCUUUCACUCCUUUCCCAGAAGGCAGGCAUCCGACCUUCAGUCGCUCCGUUCCCUGUCUUUGCUCUCCUCCAUCUAGCCAAACUAGUUUGAGUCAGCCACACCCCUUUCCGAGCUCCUGGGGCCUUUUGGGUGGUGGCUGGCCACCCACCCCCACCCCCGGGCUUGGCUUGGAGACCUGAGUCAGCUCCAUCUCCACCCAAGCCAAAUCCAACCGGAGGCAGGAGCCGAACGAAACUCGCAGUCCCUCGAGGCCCACAGCCAGGUGAUGGAGGACGAGGAGAAGGCAGUGGACACCUUGGUGAGCAACCUGGAAGCUGCCCACCCUCCAUCCCCCGUCCGCUGCUGCUGGCUCCGCCUCCGCUACUUGGCAGCUACUAGCAUUAUCUGUGGCUGCUCUUGUCUGGGAGUUGUGGCCCUCGUGUUUGCCAUCAAGGCAGAAGAGCGGCAUAAGGCCGGCCGGUUCGAGGAGGCAGUGCACUGGGGGGCCCGGGCCCGGAACUUCAUCCUGGCCAGCUUUGCUGUCUGGUUUGCUGUCCUCGUUCUGGGCCCCCUGCUUCUGUGGCUGCUCUCCUAUGCCAUCGCCCAGGCUGAGUGACCCUGGGUGGCCUCUGCUGAGAGUCAGCAAGACCUCCUGGAUCCUGCAGUGCGGCAUUGCUAGCGUCUGAGGCCAGCAGUGGUCCUUCCUGGCUGGAAGGAUGAUGCCUCUCUCAAAAGGCUUUGGAAGAGCUCUUCUAGACCUUUCUAAAAGGGGGCAGCAGCUAAAACUGUCGAGGGGAGGCCAGCCUGCUCUGUUCUUUCAGUGCCCACCAUCCCCCAGCCUGCUACAUCCUAGGGGCCUCGACCCAGAGGUGGGGUUGAAGACCAGGCCUGAUUUUAUUAGACUUUGUUUUGUAAUAAAAAUCUUUUUUAGCGGUGAAA